AGAGAGAGAGAGAGAGAGAGAGAGAGAGAGAGAGAGAGAGAGAGCUAAAGGGGUUUCGAGUGAAGAUGAAGGAGGGAAAGCAAUAGAGACGUCACAGCCGACGGUGGCUCCUCCGGCGAAGCACAGCCGACAGCUAGGAGCUCAGCUGUCGGGAAGCAUGAGUUUCAGCAGACAAAUGUCGAAUGAAGACGAGGAGAUGUCGAGGACGGCUUUGUCUGCUAUCAGGGCGAAAGAAGAGGAGAUCGAGAAGAAUAAGAUGGAGAUUAGGGAAAGGGUUCAAGCUCAGCUUGGUCGUGUCGAAGAGGAGACUAAGCGCCUCGCUUUGAUCCGUGAGGAACUUGAAGGUUUAGCUGAACCCAUGAGGAAAGAAGUUGCUUUGGCCAGGAAGAAGAUUGAUUCUGUCAACAAAGAGUUAAAGCCUUUGGGUCAUACUGUUCAGAAAAAGGAACGAGAGUACAAAGAAGCUCUUGAAGCAUUCAACGAAAAGAACAGGGAGAAGGUGCAGCUAAUCACCAAGCUUACGGAGACUCGAGAAUAAUAAAUAAGAUUCAGUGAGAAAGGUGAAUCAGGCCAACAUGCAUGACGGCACAUCCAGAAAGUAAUUUACCUUCUUGAUACCAGCAAUCACAUGCAGCGGAACAAAACCAUGAUCAUCCAUGUGCCCACGAAGGUAUGUGUCUCUAAUCAAAUUCUCUUCACUGUAACAAAAAGAAACAUUUGCAUCUAAAUUACUCCUUCCCAGAAGAGAAAUGAGACGAAUAAGAGAGAUUCAAUACAAAAGUACUACCUAAAAUAAUAUUGUAUUUGCUUCUGUAGUUUUACGUUUAGAGGAAGAUCUUGGACUUGGUAAAAGACUGGACCAGGUGAGAGAGGGCUGAUGAAAGGCAUACGGGGAUAAUAUGGAGAUGCCAAUUCUGAAAUGAAAGACGCAUUAGAAAAAAAAAAAGAGUUCCAAAACGUGAUCUUUCAAUGUAUCUCACUAGGAGGAAAAGGCACAUGCCCGCCAAAAGGCUGAAUAGGCUGAGCUGCCAUAAACUGAGGAGGAAUUGACUGCAUAGUUGGAGGUUGAUGUCUCACAAAUGCUGGGGCGCCUCUUUGUGAAUGUGCAUUUCCAUCUCUCCCACUAAAGCUUCUGCAAAAAUUCCAGUUUUGAUUCCCUUGCUCCUGGCUGCGCCUGCCACCAUGACUUUGGUGGUGGUGGUGGUGGUGGUUACCAUUUUGGUUCCUGUGCGAGUGCCGUGGUGAAAAGUUGUCACUACAACCACCAUGGGUUUGUGAUGCAGAGCCAUUCCUCUGGUUUUGGCCUCUAGGAGAAGGGUUGUGCGAAGGUGUUUCGACAAGUGGAUCUUGAGAAACAGUACCAUUAGCAGCGGAUCCAGAAGAGCUAUAGUAAUUUUUAAAAAAAUUUAUAAAAUAAAAAAAAUUUAAUAUAAAAUAAUUUUACUGUUGACUUACUAUUCUAAUAUUUCAAUUUGAAUAUUCUCUUUGUUUUAUAAUA